CAACUGAAAAACCGACUGCAACUCGAAGGCCUCUCUCUCUCCAACAGCAUAGCAGGGAAAGGUUCUCGAAGAAAAGUUCGUCAUCAAUGGCAAAGGAGCAAUCAAUAUCCGUAUCGGAAGCCGUACACAAGAUUCAACUCCGCCUCCUCGACGGAAUUCGUGACGAGAAACUGCUACUGGCCUCCGGUUCCUUGAUUUCUCGAAGCGACUACAAGGAUGUCGUGACCGAAAGGACCAUUUCCAAUACCUGCGGUUACCCUCUGUGCGCCAACCCCUUACCUUCAGAACCCCGUCGAAAAGGCCGCUAUCGAAUCUCUUUAAAAGAACACAAUGUUUAUGAUUUGCAAGAAACUUACAUGUUUUGCUCCACCGAUUGCCUAAUUAAUAGCCGAGCGUUUGCUGGGAGUUUACAAGAAGAGAGGUGUUCGGUUUUGAAUCAUGCGAAACUGAAUGACAUUUUGAGUUUGUUUGGGGACUUGGAUUUGGACGAUAAUGAUUUGGGGAAGAAUGGGGAUUUAGGGUUUUCGAGUUUGAGGAUUAAAGAGAAUGAGGAAGUAAAAGCUGGGGAUGUUUCGUUGGCUGGUCCUUCCAAUGCUAUUGAAGGCUAUGUUCCACAAAGAGAAUUGAUUUCCAAGUCUAUACCUCCUAAAAAUAGCAAAAACACAGUGUUUGAUUCUAGUAGUUCCAAGCUGGGUAGUAAGAAAGAAGAAUAUUUUGUUAAUAAUGAGUUGGUCUUUACUAGUACUAUAAUUAUGAAUGAUGAAUAUACCAUUUCGAAGAAUCCAGGUAGUUUUAAACAGAGUGAAAGAACGAAGCCUAGUAGGAAGAAAGAAGAUUUUGUCAUUAAUGAGAUGGACUUUACUAGUGAAAUAAUCAUGAAUGAUGAAUAUACCAUUUCGAAGAUGCCCUCAGGGUUAAGACAGAGUUGUUUUGAUUCAAAUUUGAAAGAAGUGGAAGGAAAAGGAAUUUGUAAAGACUUUGAGGACAAAUGUGUAAUAUCAGGAUCAUCCUCUGCUUUGAGGGAAAAGGAUUCUAGCAUUGUAGAAUUGCCUUCAACUAAAAAUGUCUACCAGACUGGUUUGGAUACAAGUAGUGCUGAAGCAGAGAAGGAAACCCAUGCUGACAAGGCGGUGGCAUCAAGUGAAACAUUGAUUAAAUCCUCCCUUAAAUCUGCCGGAGCCAAGAACCAUAAUCGCUCUGUUACUUGGGCCGAUAAGAAGAAAGUUGACAAUGCUGGGAAUGGCAAUCUUUGUGAAGUUAAAGACAUGGAAACUAUGAAAGGAGAUUCUGAAAUAUGUGGCAGUGCAGAAGAUGGUGGUGAUGAUAAUAUGUUACGAUUUGUAUCAGCAGAAGCUUGUGCUAUGGCGUUGAGCAAGGCAGCAGAAGCUGUGGCAUCUGGAGAUUCUGAUGUCACUGAUGCUGGUUAUGAAAAUGGGCUUAUCAUAUUGCCAUCUCCAUGUGAGGCAGACAAGGAGGAGCCUAUGGAGGAUGGUGAUAUGCUUGAACCAGAAACAGCCCCUGUAAAGUGGCCCAAAAAACCUGGGAUUCCGCAUUCUGAUAUGUUGAACCCAGAGGACUCAUGGUUUGAUGCUCCUCCGGAGGGUUUCAGUUUGACUCUAUCAACUUUUGCAACAAUGUGGAAUGCACUUUUUGAAUGGACAACAUCAUCUUCUUUGGCUUAUAUAUAUGGGAGAGAAGAAAGUUUCCAUGAAGAAUACCUAUCAGUUAAUGGGAGGGAGUAUCCACAGAAGAUUGUCAUACGAGAUGGUCGUUCUUCUGAAAUUAAAGAAACUCUUGCUGGCUGUAUUUCUCGUGCUUUACCUGCUAUUGUUACUGAUCUCAGAUUGCCAAUACCAAUAUCCACUUUGGAGCAAGGAAUGGGGCAUCUAAUAGAUACAAUGUCUUUUGUGGAAGCACUUCCAGCAUUCAGAAUGAAACAGUGGCAAGUAAUUGUUCUUCUGUUUAUUGAUGCUCUUUCUGUAUGUAGAAUACCUGCCCUCACUCCGCAUAUGACUAAUGGGAGGAUGCUCCUUCACAAGGUGCUGGAUGGUGCCCAGAUAAGUAUGGAAGAGUAUGAGGUUAUGAAGGAUCUCAUAAUACCACUUGGCCGAGCACCUCAUUUCUCUGCACAGAGUGGGGCUUGACAUUAGAUCCAAGUCAUUCUUCCAACUGUUGCUGAUAAUAUUUGGAUACUGUACAUUGGUCCCUUAUUUUCUUCUCCUGGAAGUUUUACAAGGUGCACUCUUGGACAUCCAACAACUGUAAUUAAUGUUUAGGGUUUAGUCAUAUAUAAAUAUCCAUGUUAUUGCAGUUUUGAAA